AUGGACCGGAGUUGGAUAUCAAUGAAAAAUCCGGGUGACCCAGAAUAUCAGGCAGGUGUAAGGGAAUUCAUUAAGUUUGCAGUUAAGAAUGGCGGAGGCCGCUCCAAGCUACCUUGUCCUUGUUUCAUGUGCCAUAAUUUCAUGCAUAAGAGACCCGAGGAGAUACUGAAUCAUUUAGAUAGAUGGGGAUUUGAUAAAACAUAUACAUGUUGGGUUUGGCACGGCGAAUGCCAGGAUAAAGCUUCUGUCGGUAACUCUGCGACUAAUGUUUGUGAAGGUCGUAGUGAGGGAGAUAGGUUAGAGGAAAUGCUCCAUUUGGUCGAGGAAAAUUUUGAUGAAGAUCCUUCCAAAUUUGAGAGUUUGCUAAAUGACUCUGAAAAACCUUUGUAUAAAGGUUGCACUAAGUAUACGAAGUUGUCUGCAUUAAUUAGGUCGUAUAACGUGAAAGCUGGUAAUGGGUUGACUGAUGUAAGCUUUGAUAUGAUAUUGGACGUGUUCAAAGAUAUGCUUCCGGAUGAUAACGUCCUUCCAUGUCGUACAUAUGAGGCAAAAAAGUCCUUAAGCGUUAUGGGUUUACCUUAUGAGAAAAUUCAUGCUUGCCCUAACGAUUGCAUGUUGUAUAGAAAUGAGAAUGAGUCGUUACAUUGUUGCUCAGUUUGUAAUGCCUCGAGGUACAAGAAAGAGGAAGGACGGGUCCCGGCAAAGGUAUUGUGGUAUUUUCCAUUAAUACCCAAGUUUAAAAGGCUAUUUUCUAAUGCUGGAGAUGCCGAGAAGUUGACAUGGCAUUUUGAUGGUCUAGAAGAUGAUGGAAUGCUUAAACACCCAGCUGACUCCCCACAAUGGAAUUUUAUUGAUGGGAAAUUCCCCGAGUUUUCCAAAGAAAAGCGUAAUCUACGCCUUGCUUUGUCUACUGAUGGGUUCAAUCCAUUUGGCUCCUUGAGUAGCACUUACAGUACUUGGCCUGUUGUUUUGAUUACCUACAACUUAUCUCCCACACUUUGCAUGAAAAGAAGGUAUAUGAUGUUAUCAUUGUUAAUUUCUGGUCCAAGGCAGCCUGGUAAUGAUAUCGACGUGUAUUUGGCUCCUCUAAUCGAUGAUUUGAAGAUGCUCUGGGAAACAGGUGUAGAAGUGUUCGAUGCACAUCGAAAUGAGAAAUUCAACUUGAAAGCAAUGUUGUUCUGCACAAUUCAAGAUUUUCCAGCAUAUGGUAAUCUUUCUGGUUUUACAGUUUACGGGGAAGCAGCAUGCCCCAUAUGCAUGGAGCAAUUCAAGGGACAAUGGUUGUACGGAGCAGGAAAACAUGUGUUUGAUAAAAAUCGUGUAUUUCUGUCAUGUGAUCAUCACCAUCGAAACAUGAAAAAGGCCUUCAAUGGGGAACAAGAAUUUAGAGGGCGUCCUAAGAUCAUGUCCGGUUUAGAGGUGUUUGAAAAGAUAAAAUGUAAUAUCCCGAAUUUUCGGGUAUUUUCUAAUAAAUUAUUUUGGUAA